AUGACCGCGGCAGGCCAGGCCAUGGUGGUCCUAGUGCCCAUUCGGCCGAAGUCCGCCAUGACAUUCAUAAAUGAUAAGGACGCAGAGCUGAUGGGCCUUGUUGACGAGGAAAAGGAGCGACUGGCACAGGUCGACAAGGACAAGCAGAAGGAGGCGCAACUCAAGGCCUCUGACCUAGCGGACCUCCGCGCAGCGAGAAAGGAGCUGAAGCGGUCACGCCAGGAGGAGGAGCGAGCGCGAAAGGAGGCUUUACUGAAGCCGGGCAAGCCCGAGAAGGGGGCACCUGCGAUUCCAAGCUUUAU